AAUGCGUGUGCUAGAGGUGCUCAUUACCACAAGACGGGAAAAUACCAGUAAAGCAAGACAGAAACGAAGGAAGAAGAAAUUUCAGAAUUUUCAUCUCUUAUUGAAACGUCACGUUCAGCGCUGAAGAAUGACCGAGGCAAGAGCGACAUUAAAGAACAGCAUUGGCAACAGGUAUGACAUGCCCCCGAACAGUGGCGACAGUAUUCCUGACGUCGGGUUAAACGAAGCCUAUGUCAAUCAAGGAACGUGGAUAUUCUACGAUUCCAGUUUCACAGGCAACGGCGGAAACUUCAUGGUGGUCAGGGAAGGCGAUGGUAAUGUUGAGUUGGGUUUCAAUUGCGUAAGUGCCAGAGAAGUGGAUUACCAGUCAGAUGCAGUCGCUCUGUUUGAGCACUACAACUUCUAUGGUGUAACGAAAACUUACGUCAAUUCAGCCAGUGAACUCGAAGGCUUCAACUCAGGCGUCAGCUCUGCACUGAUUUUUCCAAGCGCGAAAUGGGAUUUGUACUCUGAAGCCAAUUUUCUUGGAUUAUCCAGCCAGCGAGGACCUGGGGAUUACCCUAGUGCCGAAGACCUCGGUCUUCCCAAUGAUACCGUCAAAAGCAUACGCCGAGCUUAAUUACUGGCGACGGAUAUGAAAAAUUUGGACUUUGGAUUUGAGUUUGACUUUUACAUCAAUAUACUUCACUAAAAAUGCAUGCAAUUCACAUUAUAAUGCUUGUCAGAGCUCGUAAAAUUAAUAAAAAUCCCGAUUUCAACUGAA